UUCUCUCACCAUCUUCUGUUUCUCUCACCAUCUUCUGUGCAUGGCUAUGUGAUGUUGAAUCGGCUGUUAGUGAGACUCACAAGGCUACUGCUUUAUUCCGCAAUUUCUCUCCAUCCCUGUCUCCUCUCUCUUCCCCCAUGUCUGGAGGAUGGCGAUGGUCUGGAUGAAGGCUCACAAACAGGCUGGGCAAGAGCUGCUGCACAGACUGAACAAUAUGAGAUUAUGCAGCAGGAGACAAGUCCACUCUGUGCUGCUGACAUCAUCGAGCAGCUGAAGAUGAAGUUUGCCUUCCUCUCGGGAGGCAGAGGGCAUGGUGGCAGCCCAAUCAUCAUCUUCCCAGAAUUCCCCACAUUUAAUGACAUCAGAGAGCAGGAAUUCCACAAUGUUCUCACCUACUUGACAAGUGUUCCCAGUCUAACUGCAGCAGGGGUGGGCUUUAUCCUGGUGAUUGACAGGCGCCAGGACCGAUGGGCAUGUGUGAAAGGGACUUUACUCCGGCUCUCGGGCCAUUUCCCAGGGAACCUGCGGUUGGUUCUGGUACUGCGGCCCAGUGCGCUCCUCCAACGUACUCUCUCAGACGUCUUCUUCAGAAUCCAUCAAAAUGAAUUCAACAUGAAGGUGCCGGUUAUCAUGCUGAGCUCAGUGACUGACCUGCACUCUUACAUCGACCGGAGUCAGCUGACCCAAGAGCUGGGUGGGACUCUGCCAUACUGCCAUAAGACCUGGAUCUCCCAGCGCACAGAUGUAGAAGGCUUUGCUGUUUUAGUGAAGAGGAUGGCACAUAUUCUGCAGGUUUUAGGGAGGGAACUGGCAGAGUCUGAGCUGCCCGACACCCCCCUAGCAACCAGCAAUCUGCUCAACACACACAGCAACAGGAGAGAGACUGUGAAGGGCGACAUGGCGGGAGCGCUACGGCAUGGCCGAAAGAUCCUGGAGGACCUUCGAGAACCCGUGCGCAGGGACCCGGACAGCAGUCUAAACCCGGACCAGCUGGAGAACCUGGCCAUUGUGCACAGGUUGCUGUCUCAGCUGAACGAGAGUUUGACGGCUUUUGAUGAGUUCUGGCUGCUGCAUCAGAACAAGCUGGACAAGUGUCUGCAGUUGCGACGGUUCGAGCACAACGUUCAGCAGGUGUGUGUGGAUUUGGAGGAAGCCAAUGAUAGUUUGACAGCUUUCCCGCAUGUAGGAAUGAGCCCCACACACACAGAGCGACUCCUUAGAGAACUGGCCUAUCAGGAAGAGAAAGCAUCUGGGCUGCUGGACAGGAUGAAGGCGCUGGUUGUUGAGAGCAGUGCUUUGACUGACGGCUGUGAGUAUAUGGAUGACACGGUCAGAAUAAAGUGUGCUGAGCUGCAGAAAGCCAGAGAGAAACUCCCACAGGACCUCAAAGCCAGGAGAGCCCUGUUACUACAGGCCAUGGAACUCCAUCAGGGGCUGCAGAGUUUGGUUAAAUGGUGUGAAGAUGGUAUUUAUUUGGUGGCAUCUCAGCCACUUGACAAGUGUCAGACACAGGAAGGGGCGGAGUCUGCCCUGCAGGACCUGGAGGGUUACCUAGAGACUGCCAAUGAGAAGCUGUGGUGGGACAUGGAGGCAGCUGAGAUGCAGUAUAAGAGUGUGUUGAAUGAAGAGAUGAAGAAACAGGUACAACGAGUGCUUGAGAAGAAGAUUAUGGUACAGGAGAUGUUUGAGAAAAGGAGGGUCAGUCUGAAGAAGCUAGCAGCCAAGCAGACACGCCCGGUCCAGCCAGUAGCUCCAACACCUGAAGCCAUCAAAUCACCUCUUUCCUCACCAGCUUUUAGGGAUCAUGAAAAGAGUUCUGCUAGUGAAGACUCUGAGAGCAGCCUUAACUCUAAUCAAGUGUGUCCGGAACAGCACGAGGGGUGCAGCAUCACUGCUGCCGUGUCUGAGGAGGAGGAAAACCUGUCUGUGCUGCGCAGGCAUGUAAUGAAUGAGUUGCUUGAAACAGAAAGAGCAUAUGUGGAAGAGCUCCUGUGUGUUUUACAGGGCUAUGCUGCCGAAAUGGACAACCCCGCUAUGUCUGCCCUCAUGCCAGCUGCCCUGAACAACAAGAAGGACGUGCUGUUUGGCAACAUGCAGGAGAUCCUUCACUUUCAUAAAACGAUAUUUCUUCGACAGUUGGAGUCUUACGCAGACUCUCCUGAACUUGUGGGUCGCUGUUUUCUGGAGAGGAUGGGAGACCUGCGGAUUUAUGAGAAAUAUUGCCACAAUAAACCUCGAUCGGAAAGCCUCUGGAGACAAUGCUCAGAUUGUGCUUUCUUCCAGGAAUGUCAGAAGAAACUGGAACACAAACUAGGACUGGACUCCUACCUGCUGAAGCCUGUUCAAAGAAUUACUAAAUACCAACUCCUUCUGAAGGAGCUCAUUAAGUACAGUAAAGGCUGUGAGGGUUCAGUGGAGCUGCAGGCGGCUCUCUCCUCCUUACUGGGCAUUCUGAAGGCCGUCAACGACUCAAUGCACCUCAUUGCCAUCACAGGAUAUGAGGGUAACCUGGGUGAGCUGGGCCGGUUGCUGAUGCAGGGGUCGUUCAGCGUGUGGGCGGAGCAUAAACGUGGCCACGUGAAGGUGAUAGAGCUGGCGCGUUUCAAGCCCAUGCAGCGGCACCUGUUCCUGCACGAGAGAGCGCUGCUCUUCUGCAAGAGGCGCGAGGAGAGCGGAGAGGGCUACGAGAAAGCGCCCUCCUACAGCUUCAAACAGGAGCUGAGCAUGAAUGCCAUCGGAAUCACUGAACAUGCCAAAGGAGACAGUAAGAAGUUUGAGAUCUGGUCCAGGUCGAAGGAUGAGGUGUACACUGUGCAGGCAGCGUCUGAGGAGAUUAAGACUGUUUGGGUGAGAGAAAUCCAGAAACUUUUAACAGGACAGCUGGAAGCCUGCAGAGAAGCCAGUCAGCACAAGAUUACUGAUCAGUUAACCUCAGAAAAUGAUUCACUUGAUAGACAUGCGAGGUACGGGCAGAAGAAUGGAGGCGUGGAGAGACAGCAAACGGAAGAGGAACAACGCAACGAACCCAGCAGCCCAGAUGGCCAAAAACCAGCGAGAGGCAAGGGUUCUUUUCCCAGUGCUGAGACCAAAGCCAAGAGGCAAGACAUCAAAAGUGACCCGACUCCAUUAGAAACAGGACCACACCCCCAUUUGGGUGGAGUCAGGCGCUUAAGUGCAUCAAACCUGUUUCAGAAUCAUAGGAGAGGAUGGGUUAAAGGCUCUCUCUCACUGGAAGGACCGGUGGAGCGUAAUGGGUUUUUCAGCACUGUGGCUUCAUUGAAGUCUAACCUUGAGGGCGACCGGGAAAAGAAGACUGCAGAAGAAGAUGGGUAUAUUGAAUCCCAGUGUGUGAGGACUGCAGAGGAAGAACCCAAGAUGAAUACAGAUCCUGAGGACGGACACUGCUGAGAAGAACUCCAGAAGAAUGCAGUGAUUCCAAGAGCAUCAAUGAUACACAUGGAGGGACCAGUCUAGUCAUGACCAGACACGUGCUGCUUCUCAUGUUUCCUUCACUUAUACCAUCACAAAGCACAAAAUGUCCAGCAUUUCAUACGUCAGUCUGUGCCCAGCCUUGUACCAGCUUUGAUGUCUUACAGGUUCAUAUCCCUUUAAACAAAGUGAACUUCCAGUGUGAAAUUGUUGAGGUGGUUAAGUCUGAUGCUCUCAGCAUGGAGAACAAAUGUCAGCUUUCUGUUUGCAUGAGUGUGGUCUUAACCUGUGCAAAAUUAGCAUAUCAUAUAUGCGGAUAUUAUUGUUGUGAUAGCGACUGCACUGGUUCACUUUAUGUAAAGUCUGUUAUUGUCUACAGUUGUUCUAUCUUGUGUAUUUACGAUAUACGUAUAAACUAAAAGCCGAACUCUGUCGUCACUGCAGCUUGGUUUUUAGCUUGUAAAGUCUACAUAACCUGCACUCUACUUGAUCUGAACAGGAGAGCAGCUAAUCGAGCUCUGCUAAUGCGGAUGUGUCUGCAGAGACCAGAGACAAGAAUCAGUGACUGUUUAAAAUGUGUAAAUGGUUUUGGAUGUAAGAAAAACAAAUCAUCAAACUGACAUAUUUAAAAGAUAGAUCAUUGUAUUGUAUAAAUUACCACAAUUUUUGUGUUUAAAAAAAGUUUAAAAUAAAAGGCUCAUUUGUU